AUGUACCAUUCUUCAUUUCUCUUUUCCCAUUCUCUCUUUCUCUCAUCACUUUUUCCAUUUUCCCUUUCUCUCAUCACUUUUCUCAUUCUCCCUUUCUCUCGUCACUUUUCCCACUCUCUCUUUCUCUCAUCUCUUUUCCCAUUCUCUCUUUCUCUCGUCUCUUUUCCCAUUUUUCAUUUGUCUUGUCUCCUUUACCAUUCUCCAUUUUUCUUGUCACUUUUUCCAUUAUCCCUUUCUCUUGUCUCUUGUAACAUUCUCCAUUUCUUUUGUUUCUUUUCCCAUUCUCUCUUUCUUUCUCUGUUCAACAUUCCAUUCUUUUUUUCUUGUCUCCCUUUCUCCAUUUCUUUUUUUUUCUUUAUCCCUUUCUCUUUAACAUUCUCCAUUUCUUUUGUUUCUUUUCCCAUCACUUUUCACUUUCCCAUUUCCCUUUCUCUCAAUCACUUUUUCCAUUAUCCCUUUCUCUUCUUUCCCAUUCUCCCUUUCUCUAAAUCACUUUUUUCCAUUCUCCCUUUCUCUCGUCACUUUUUUCCCCCCUUCUUGUCUUUUAACAUUCUCCAUUUCUUUUUUUCCCAUUCUCCCUUUCUCUUCGUCACUUUUUUCCAUUCUCCCAUUCUCUUGUUAUUCUUGUAA